GAAGAGGAAAGUCGAGUUAAGACUGAACAACUUGCUAGCCUAGCUAUGCGCUAAAAGGCUUACAUACAUGUUUCCGUAAUAUUGGCCGCAUAUAGUUAUAUAAUAUUACUUGCUCAUAGUACCUGGGUAUGGCAUGAAAAUAUGUUGUUGACAAAGUAACUCGAACGAUUUCAGUAGCAUAACCUUAGCUAACGCUAUCAGUUUACAUGUACUAACCUACGUAGCUCGCUGUGGUAAAAAACAAAAAACAAAAAACACUUCACUUUGUCAAACCAGCUACAUUGAUCAGCAACUGUGAGUCAGAUAGAGUUUAACAUCGGCGGUGAUGAGUAAUGGACUUCUUGAGGAAGAUAUUUUUGCUGAGAAGAUAGAUCUGCAAUCAAAAUGCUUCACAUGAAAAUUAAGACAGAGAAACAUGAUUCUGAGGGUGCAGGUGCCCGGAAUCGUCUUGAUGCAGUGUUGCAAGGUCUGGUGGAGAAAAGUGACAGUGAGAGAGAUCAGAAUGAAGAUGAUUCUGGAAAAAUGGCAGCUGACUCUUUGAGCAAGGAUUUAUCUCCUUCCUCUGUUGGAAAAAGGCCAUCAUCACGUUUCCCACAACACCGCAGAAAGAAACGAAAAGAGAUGGAUGAUGGCUUAUCUGAGACAAACCCGCACAAGCAAAAUGCAUACGUCAUCAAGCUGUUUGACCGCAGUGUGGAUUUGGCCCAGUUCAGUACGAGCACCUCGCUCUACCCCAUCUGCAGAGCUUGGAUGCGGAACAACCCUUCUGUUCGAGAGAAAACUGCUGCUGCUAGCCCACCUCACAGACUGGGUGAGGAAGAGGUAGCAGACAUGUUAAAUGGCAAAGGUCAGAAUGUAUAUCGCCUUCCACCACCUGCUUCUUGUCCACUUAAUGAGUCAGGUGACCCUGUCAGCUUGAGGAUUCCACCCACUGAGAAACCCACGGCUAGCCAGUCUGCAGAUGGGACAUCAGGGGCUGGUUCUCUCAUGUUGAAACACUGGAAGAAAAUUAGACGAAAGUGGAAAGAAGCUUCUAAUAAGAACCAGCUGAGAUACAGUGAGAGCAUUAAGAUCCUAAAGGAGAUGUAUGAACGCUAGUGGACAUUCUUCAUCUUGAUCAGGAGAUUUCCACUAUGAGCUCUUGAGAAGUGGAGGUUAAAAGGAGACUUGGUUAUGAUGGAAGGAAUGGAGUAAAUGGUGCCGCUGUUGCCAGUGCCAGAAGUUAUUUUAUAAAGGAAAGUCUGUUCAAUGGUUAAUCUUUGGGUUAUUGGCAAUUUGACGUUGGUAUAUGUUGCAAAAGCACAGACAUGAUGCAUUUUCAAUCAGACUAAGUUCUUAAAUGAACAUUUGUUGCGAUGUCGUGUAGGAAAAUGCAGAGUAAAGUAUUUGAUCUCUGGUUGUAAAAUGCGGAGAAAUUACUAAGGAGUGGGGAUGUGAAUGUGUAUAUUCCCAUGCAUGUUUUAAAUAGUUGUUUUGUUGGCCUAUAAACACGUAGGGCCUUUGCAGAUUAGAAAUAAAAAAAGACCUCAUCGCAAAUACAAAGAUAGUGGAUUAUGACGAUUGUGUCAUAAUUGUUUCAAAAUCUUCAGAAUCACAUAAUUGUUAAAACCUGAGCAAGGCUUAGUAGUCUUCCAAAGCAAGCCUAGAGGGACUCUUUACCAACUACAUUUGCUCAACCAUGAUGAAUUUAAAGUAUACUUAUCCUCUCAACCUGAGUCAAGCUUCAGUUGGAAAUCCCAGUGACACAUUUUGAAAUAAGAAACUCCAUUAAAGAAUCAAUAAACAUUAAUAACAUUAGACAGUUACCAUGUUACAGUAUUUGUCACACACAAUAAAUUAUGCCCUUAUGACAAAGUAGUUUGAACCUACAGCACUACCACGGAGCUAGCCAUAGCACUGGGUAUAUUAUGCAAUUGUAUUAUAUUUUAAUUAUUCUGAAUUAAAUUGCCAUGCUAAUAUUGCAGCAGACCAGUGCUAUAUAGAUUUUGUUUAAGAAAAGCCUAAUGCAUAUCUAAAAACUUAGAGCAGGUUCUUGUCAAAACACAAAUAAAAAGGUAUAAAACGUAAAUUCUUAAA